AGAAGGACUCGUGUUGGCGACGAUCCAAACUAUUUCUCUUCUGCUGCUGUUUUUUGCCAGACAAAAUCCAGAAUUUAUUAUUAUUUACUCAAACAAUUGUCGAUCAGUUUAUCUAGAUACAAAGUUCUAUAUUAACUUUGUUGCUACAAAAUAAAAAGCAGAGAUUGAUAAAUUCAAGAGACAAGUGAAUGCUGGAGUGAACAGGAGUGAAAGCUAAAUCAAAUGCAGUGACAAUCAAGAUGAACAAGCGUGAAAAUGAUGGUGAAAUAAACGAUGUUACCAAGCAUCAGAAGCUAAACAACAUCUAUCCAAAUGAAAUUGCUGCUGGAGUAGAUAGUCAACAAAAAGAGUCGCCACCGGCCAUUUUCAAGCUGAAUGCCAUUUGCUGCGACGAUCUAUUUGAGUGGCUAGAGAUUGAAGAUCUGCAUUCACUUGGCCAAACAUGCAAACGAAUGCAUCGCCUUACCGGUCUCUAUUUCCGAGAGAGCUUCAAACAGACGCUACGCUGCAUCGAUCAAACGAUUCUACACGACAGAAUGAAUUUAAACGGAUUCAUUCAAUACGUUCAGAGCAUUCAAUUAUCGUACAGAAACAGAGAAGAAGACUUCCAGUACAUCGCAGAUAAUUGUGAUUCACUCCGCCAAAUUUCAUUUCAUAUGAUUACGUUGACUAAAGCAUUGAUCGAUUGCAUCAAACCAAAGUUGAACAAAAUCGAAUCGAUUCAUUUGCACAGAAUUGCGACAAAAUUUCAUUCAUUCGAAGAUUUCUUGAAAUUUUGUCCAAAUUUAAAGCGACUUUGCGUUGACGAAGAUCGAACAAUGGAUCAAAAUGAAUGGAUGUGUCAUAAAUAUCCGAAGCUUGAACAUUUGCGGUUGAAAAAAUGUAAUAAACAUUUGAAAGCAAAUCUCGGAAUAUUUUUCCAGCAAAAUUCGCAUCUUGAAAGUAUCGAAACAGAUUUUGAGUUUCUUAUGGCAAACAGUGACACAUUCAUCGAUUCAUCUUCCAACCUGAAAUUGAAUGUUUUAAAUAUUCAUUACGAUUGCUUCUCUAAUCUAGAUCAAGUUUGCCCUUUGUUACAUAAGCUCCAUGAAAAUGGUCUUUUUAAACGAUUAGAGUUUACAAAUAGGAUGUGUACCUUCGCUAUAACACCGGAAACUUUAGAAACUGAAAUUAAUCGAAUCAAGUGGUCAACAAUUGAACAAUUGUUUAGACGUUCCACAGUGAAUGUACUUGAACCACCCAUUAUCAAUGUAGACGCGAUAUAUCUUACCAGUUUUUAUUAUAUGCACACAAAAUACGUUGGUUUAGAAGCUCUAACAGUCUCAUUUCCAAAUUUACGUCAUGUUCAUUUAUUCAGAGCAACAACAGAUCAUCUGUUACCAUUUAUUCGCCGACUACCAAGACUAAAUUCUCUCUAUAUUCAUUAUUUUAGUACAGCAGAGAAUGGAUACGAUAUUGAUCUAUCGACAUUGAACGAAGCACGUAAAAAUGUGGCUGGCACAAGCAAAGUUAUCAUUUAUGCUGAAAAAAACGUUUAUUUGGCCACAAAAAUGUCACCAAAAAAUCUAUACGCCAAUCAAAAUUUGAUUGAAAUUAAACGCAUUGAAUCGUGCGAAAUGACAGACGCAGACCUCCACGGUAAAUUUAUAUUCACAACUGUAGAAAAUCUGAAAAUAUAUUCAUAAAAAUGUGAAAAAAAAAAAAAUCAAUUAAAUGCGUUUUUUUGAUAUU